AUGGGGCUCUUAUUACAAUACUUUCUGCUAAAAUGCUUGCUCUUCUUAAUUCUCCCUCCUUUUUCUGCUCAACAUGUUUCCCCAAUGCAGCGACCUUGCUUGGAUUUUGAACCAUCAGCUUUGUUGCAGUUAGAGGAAAGCUUCGUUCUGAACCGAUCCGCUUCUGCUUUUUCAAAAGAUGAUUCAUGGAAGCUUGAAGAAUGGAUUGAAGGGGAUUGCUGCUCUUGGGAUGGCGUUGAGUGUGUUGGCAAUACUGGUCACGUUAUCGGACUUGAUCUCAGCAGCAGCUUCCUUUAUGGUUAUAUCGACUCCAACAGCAGCCUUUUCCAGCUCCAUCACCUUACAAGGCUCAAUCUAUCGGACAAUGACUUCUAUGGCUCCGAAAUCCCUUCUGCAAUUGGGAAUCUUUCAAUGCUAUCCCAAUUAGACCUCUCAAACUCGGUCUUUUCAGAGCUCCGAAACCCAAACCUGAAAAGCUUAGCGGAGAGGUUGGUCAAUCUGGAGCAUCUUGAUCUUGACGGAGUAAUCGCUUCUUCAGUGGUACCUCGAAGCUUGGCAACUGAUGUAGCUUCCACAAACUCGUAUGGAGACAUCCUACCUUCUCUAAUAAACCUUACUAGUCUUGCAGAUCUUCGACUUCUUCAAAAUCAAUUUUCCAGCCAAAUCCCAUCUUGGUUUGGAAAUCUUACUCGGCUGACCAAUUUGGAACUUGGUGACAAUAACUUUUGGGGUUUGGUACCAGAAUCGAUAUUUACUCUAACAAAGCUUUAUUCUCUUCAUUUAGUGAAUAAUCACCUCAGCAGCUCCUCCAAAUUAGGAUCCUUUCUAAAUCUUAAAAGCCUCAAGGGGCUCCAACUGUCUGGCAAUAAGUUUUCAUUUGUCACCACACCUGUUAUGAAUGCGACUGCUUAUCCCCAAAUGGAUAUGGGGCUUAUCUGCUCAAACUCUUCAAGCUUUAACUUUAAGAGGAAACUUCUUUACAGGGUUCCACCAACCAGCUGUUGUGUCCCUCCAUGGACCAAUCUAAGAUUUUUGGACCUAAGCUCUAACAAGCUACGAGGGAGCCUUCCAGUUCCACCUGCUUCCAUUUACUAUUACCGUGUCUCAAACAACUUAUUGACAGGAGAAAUCUCAUCAAUUAUCUGCAAUCUGCCUUCCAUAUCUGUACUUGACAUAUCAAAUAACGGCUUCAGUGGCACGCUUCCUCCAUGUUUGGGCACUCUGAGCAAAUCACUCACAGUACUAAAUCUCCAAAACAACUUUCGAUGCCCUAUUCCUCAAGCAUGUGAAAAAGGAAGCCAAGUGAAAGAGAUUGACCUUAGCCAAAAUCAACUGAAAGGACAUAUCCCGAGAUCACUUGUCAACUGA